CUGCUUGUUCAACAUGAUGGCUGCGUGGGCUUCCUCAGGGGCUUUGCUCCUUGUUUUGCUGACUGGUGCAAGUUACAGCUACCCUGCGAAGAAAGGUUUUGAUCCUAGCUCCUCCUCUGGUAGCAGUUAUGGUGCAAACCCAGCUUCAGCUGGCUCUAGCUAUGAAGUUCCUUCCUCUGGAUUUGCAGUUUCUGGUUCUGGGGCUGUCUCUGGAACGGCCCUGAGACCAGUUAGGUCUGGGGCCUCUCAACCCAGUGCUCGGAGAGGACCGGCAGCAGCUUCUUACAGUGCUCACUCUGUGGGCUCAGCACAGCCAAGUUCUUUUCAACCUGCAUCUACACGAGACAUUGACUGGCUAGUUGCACCUCCCGGUCCUUUUUCUGGUGAGGGAACAUCCCCAAGACCUAGUGCUCGCCGGAUUGACUCCAGUAACCCUGCCCCUGAACUACUUGGCCCCAGCAAUGUGAGUCCACCUAUCUUUUCUCCAGAGUACCAGGCCGGUGAACUGUUACAUGAGGAGAACAGCUUUGAGUUUGGCUACUAUGACUCUGAGACGGAAGACCAAGGCUUCCAGCCAUCACCUCCAGGUGUCCAUGCUGUGAAUGCAGAGUUUAGCAGUGAACUUGCACCAUCAAGCCCAGGAAGUGCUUCGAUUCCAUAUCCUGGUCCUUAUCCUUAUCCUUAUCCUUACCCUUACCCUUACCCUUAUGACUACAUGUUCCUGACUGGCCAGUAUCCUCCAGGAACAGUAACUCACUUGAGCAGCAGCUUUGAGCAGGGGGGGGACUACUGGCAAGACACUCACUACAUAAGGGAUUACUUUCCGGCCUACCCCGACACUCAGGUGGUUGAGAACUUCCCCACUGAAUUUGCAGCCCCACCAAGUGUUAAGCAGGCCAGCCAACCAGUUAAGCGGCCCAGCCAACCUGUGAAGCAGUCUUCUAGAGCACCUGGUCUACCAGGUGGAUACAGCAUGCGCAAGGCCUGAUAUAAAGGUGUGAAUCCUUCAAACCUAGUUUUCUGAAUAAAAUAAAGAUCUUGAAAAUCA